ACACUCUCCAGGAAAUAAAGAUCAGAAGAGAUCCUUGCUUAUUGCAAUCUAACUGAAAGCUGUUAAAAUUUUUGUUCUUCUUAGCAGUAAUUUUUAUUCUGAUUAUACCUGUCGAGUGGAUAGUUCUCAGUGAUAACAUCACAUAAUAUGUAAGGGUUAACCUUAAAAAGAAGAUCAGUCUUCAUAUCAUUCUGAAGCCAUCGUCUUUCCUGAAUUUAUUUUUGUUUUCUGGAUAGUUGCUAUUGUGAGAAUAAAUCCACAUGAUUCUACUGGAACCAGAAACUUUGAUGAUGGCAGUCCAUUCAGUGCUACAGUUGAAGCUCCAGCAGCGACGGACACGUGAGGAGCUGGUUAGCCAAGGGAUCAUGCCUCCUCUGAAAAGUCCAGCUGCAUUUCAUGAACAGAGGAGAAGUUUGGAACGGGCCAGGACAGAGGACUACUUGAAACGGAAGAUCCGGUCCCGGCCAGAGAGAUCAGAGUUGGUGAGAAUGCACAUCCUAGAAGAGACAUCUGCUGAACCUUCCCUGCAGGCCAAGCAGCUGAAGUUGAAGAGGGCCAGGCUGGCUGAUGAUCUCAAUGAGAAGAUUGCCCAGCGGCCAGGCCCCAUGGAGUUGGUAGAGAAGAAUAUUCUGCCUGUGGAAUCGAGCCUGAAGGAAGCGAUCAUUGUGGGGCAAGUAAACUACCCAAAGGUAGCGGAUAGCUCCUCCUUCGAUGAGGACAGCAGUGAUGCCCUGUCCCCAGAACAGCCGGCCAGCCAUGAAUCCCAAGGGUCUGUGCCAUCCCCAAUGGAAGCUCGGGUUGGCGAGUUGCUUCCCACUCCCACAGUGGUAUCCCCUCCUCAGGUUAUGUCUCAGUUAAAAACCAGUGCAGAUCUCUGCGAUGCACCUUUCCUGCGGGAGCAUUCACCAACCCCCCUGCCACCACCGCCACCUCCAGUGCCUCCUAAUCUCACAAAUGGAGUUGUGGCUCCUGCUGCCAAACCACUUCCAACCCUUAUUAAGCAAAGCCAGUCCAAGUCCACCUGUGAGAAGUCUCAGCGCAGCAAGAAAUCCAAGGAACCAAAGCCAAAAGUCAAGAAGUUGAAAUACCACCAAUAUAUCCCACCGGACCAAAAGCAAGACAAAGGAGCCCCUCCCAUGGAUUCAUCUUAUGCCAAAAUCUUGCAGCAACAGCAGCUCUUUCUGCAGCUCCAGAUUCUGAAUCAGCAGCAGCAGCAGCACUACAACUACCAGACCAUCCUGCCAGCUCCGCCAAAGCCUCCUGGAGAGCAGCAGAGUGGCAGUAGUGCCCCACCAAUGCGUAGUCUCUCUACACCUGUCAGCAGCACCUCUUCUGUUUCUUCCAGUGCUAACGGAUUGAUGCGACAAAACAGCAGUGCUCCAGCAGGCAAGCCAGGAACUCUCCCUUCUAAUCUGGAUGACAUGAAGGUGGCAGAGUUGAAGCAAGAAUUGAAGCUGAGGGCGCUGCCUGUGUCCGGUACCAAGACAGAUCUCAUUGAGCGGCUCAAGACAUAUCAGGAACAGAAUGGCCCAGCUGGCCGUGCAGCCGCCACUCCAAAGCCCAACACAGCAAUUCUCCCCAAAGCUGCUGAAGUAGUGGUCGCCUUCCCAGCUGCUAGGCUGGGCACAGGGCCAGCGCUGGUUGGAGCGGGUAUCGCUUCAGCAGAAGUGGUGGUGGCCGCAGUGGCUGGCAAUGGGGUGGUGAAGUUUGGCAGCACAGGCUCCACUCCGCCUGUGUCUCCCACCCCCUCUGAGCGCUCGCUGAUGAGUGCCGGGGAUGAGAACUCGACGAGUGGCGACGCCUUUGGGGAGAUGGUGUCCUCUCCUCUGACUCAGCUCACCUUGCAAACAUCACCAGUGCAAUUCCUGGUGAAGGAAGAGAGUUCCAAAGCCACCAGCUGCAGUUUGAAUCCAGUCUCACGGGUAGAGCCUUGUGUCAACCGUAGCCAAGACUCGGAGGCCCAGGACAAAGACCAGAUGUUGCAAGAGAAAGACAAGCAGAUUGAGGAACUCACCCGCAUGCUGAAGCAGAAACAGCAGCUGGUAGAGAUGCUGAAGCUGCAGCUGGAGCAGGAAAAACGGUCUCAGCAGCCUCUGGUGGUUGGGGAGGAAAGUGCAGCUCCAGCCCCUAAGCCGCCAGCUUUUGGCAUCCACGUCAAGAAUGAAAAAAGUUUUGUGAGUUGCCAAUCUAUAGGGCAGCCUAGCUGCCCAACUGACCAAUCAAAACCCACACAGACCACUAGCCAAAUGGACACCUCAGAAUCAAGCUCUGUGCCAAAGAAAGCAGUAAUGGUGAAGCAGGAGGUCUCAGCAGCUGCAACUGAGUCGUCAAGUCAAACCUCCCAUUUUUUCCUUGGCCAGCAAAGUGGAGGCUUCAGUGACCUCAUCAAAAGAGCACCUCCCCCUACCCUUAUCACGGAUUCUACUGGCACUCAUAUAGUGCUCACGGUGACCAAUCAGAAUGCAGAGAGGCAGGGUCUCUCACAUCCAGAGAAGACAGGGAGUGGUCCUGUGCCACAAAAGAGAGUCUCUCCACCCUCUCCAAAAGCAUCUGUCCAACCUGCGAGCAGCUCUCAACCUUCUGUGCAGCAGGCCCCAAGCGAUCCUUCCAGGAAGGGUCAGAAGCCAAGUCUGUCGAUAGUCACUGGGCAGUUUCCUCACACAGUUCUGUCUUUCUCAACACCUCCCAACUUGCAGCCCUUCUACCUGAAUGGCUUCCACAAAGGACCUCUGAAAACCAACAUUAGCAGCAGAGCUGGCCAGCUCAGUGUGCCCAAAAAGCUUCUGUCACAGCCGGGCUCUCCAUCUCCUCCACCUCCACCCCAAAUGGAACUUGAACAUCAGAACUCGUCUUUCUUUGCUGCUCCUCCACCAUUGCCUCUCCCUGCUUCCUCUGUGCUGAUGAAAGAACCACCAGGAUACGAAGAGGCUGUGAAGCAACAACCAAAGCCCCCUGAGGAGAACGGAUGUUCAAGUCAGCAGAUGGAUGACUUGUUUGACAUUUUAAUGGAAAAUGGAGAGAUUUCCACUCAGUUUAAGGAGCAGUCUUGCCCAUCAAGGAAAGACACCACUGUUUCUCCAGGAUGCCCUUCUCCGUCCAACGGCCACCAUUCCUCAGAGCUCCCCCUGCAGGUGUCCUUGGGCCACACCAGUUCUGUUAACCCUUCCCCAGCAGGCCGGCUGGAGGACUUCUUGGAAAGCAGUACUGGUCUCGCCUUGCUGACAGCUGUCCCUGAUGGACCUGACCCGCUGUCUCUAAUUGAUCUCUACAGUGACAUGCUAAGCAGUUCAGCUAUCCUGGACCAUCCAUCUUCGCCUAUGGACACAUCAGAAUUGCACUUUGCCCCUGAGCCCACUGGGGGACCAAGUUUGGACUUGGCUGAGGCUAAUCUGGACAGCAUGGAUUGGUUGGAGCUGCCUGGAGGGCCAGUGAUGAGCCUCACCCCCCUCAGUACUGCAGCACCUAGCCUUUUCUCCACAGACUUCCUCGAUGGACAUGAUUUGCAAUUGCCCUGGGAUUCUUGCUUAUAGCUCUCUAAGCGUGCAGGCUGAGGGGCGUGGUAUGGGUGGGUGUAGUAUAUGGGUGGGAGCUUAAGUGAAAGUGUUGGUCAACCUUAAGAUCCCCGGAAAUCAACCUGCUGUCGUGAAGUUAGGCAGCGAAAGGCAAUCGCCCAGUGAUUGAUGUCUUCUGAAUGAGGGUUCAGCCUCUGGCAAACUACUCCCAUCCUCAAGCCCUGUGGUGAGCUCAGGCCUGGUUCCUUCCCUCCAGGGCUCCCCCGCCUGGCCACCCCAGGCGGUGGGAGGUUUUGAGCAUGGUGUUUUGCCUCUCCUUUACGUGGCCAGGGAGUGAGCUUAGUUUCAGGCCAGGCAUCUGUGACAGGUUGGAAGAAAUUACUUGAGAAGCCAGGGUUCCCUUCUGACUUUGAAUCUAGUUAGGAAGCAUUUUUUAAAAUGUUGAUUAUAAGUUUUCUUGAGUUUAGAAUAUGGGAUGCGCUUCUGGGAGUUUUCCUGGGGUUGGGAAACACACGACAGAGGAAUCCGCUGCUCUUAGCUACACAAUUGGGCAUCUGAUUCAAAGAACCUUUUCUUAAUGCCGCAGAAUAGGUACUUUUAUUCCCAUGUUGUUCUGGAACCUAGGUAAUAGCCACCUUCCCUUGGCUUGACGAGUGAUCCCUGCAUGCAGUCAUUAUUCCUGACAUGGCCCAACUAAGAACAGCCUGCAGAGAUGGGCUGUCAUCCAGGUGGCAUUCACUCAUGUCCCAGGCCGUGAGUGGGCUUUCCUCUUUGGACCAUUAAUCAGACCAAGCCAACUGCAGUAAGGAAAUGCCAUUCAUUCUGCAACAAUCACUCUUCUUCUUCCUCUUUGGUAGCUCCACUUGUGAAGCCUCGUGAACUAGAACAUUCAGCUGGAGUUCAUGGAUGUUUUGGCCUUUCUUGUAGCUUGACCUGUAGCAGUAUAAACAAUCUGUAGCAGCUCAGCUGCACGUUGCACUUCCUGCUGAUUUACUGUUCAUUGAUUUAACUAACACCCCUCUCCUCGAUUUUCUGUAUAUGACAGUAUAACUUUUGAUGUUCUAGAGGCUUUUGUCAGGAGAGUCUUUCUCCUUGGAGAGUAGUCAGCUGACAGCUGCUCUCAGAAGCAUUAAAAAAACCCUCAACCCAACCUAAAUAGGGCCUUGGUCAGAGCAAGAAUACCAACUUCCUUUCAGAGGCAGGGAUCUUUUUGCCUUAGUGCUUUCUAAGGAGCUAGAGCUUGCUUUGAGCUGCAUGACUGACUUCUGUCAUUGCUCAGAAGAAAGGAAAUGUCUUGUAGCCAUAGUCCUUGCUGCUGUGGAUUGUUCCAAACCACAGUCUUGCCUCUUGAUAUCUGGUUUCAUUUAUAGCUGGCAAAAUAUCUGUGUAUAUAGCCCUAUGAAAACUGCUUGUUUUGGAAAGCAAACGACAUGUCCCACCUAAUUAGAAAGUGUUACUUUCCUUGAGCUGCUUCUAUGUGAUCAACUCUUCAGGAGCAACUAUGUCUAGCCUGUGGUUUGGUGGGAAAGAGGACUUAGUCCUUUGACUUACAAUUUUUCGCCUUAUUGCACAUGUCACUCAAGGGAAAUCAGAUUCUCUAUUAGUCAGUUCCCCUUCAUUAAAAUAUAUAUUGGUAAUGCAUCUUCAGGCAUAAAGGAGGAGGUUGAUCUCUUUAAAUUUACAGGAGUCCAGGAAACUCUUCCGUAUUUCUCUCAUGCUAUAGAGGAGAUAACAUAUCCUGUUUCCCUAUUAUAAUGUAUGGACUUGAAAAUGAGGUUGCAGUUAGUACUGGCCGACUGCAUGUAAAGUGUAUUUCUUCCAGUUAAAAACCCCUGUUUAGAAAUCAGCUCAGAGCAGUGACUGAAGGCCUUGUAGCAGUCUUGGUAUUCUCUCCAUGGCCUCUUAUUGUUUAUCAUACCCCUCAGUCUGUGGCUAGUUGGAGAAGUUGCUUAGGCUUAUGUGACUAUUUGUGGUAUUGCCAAUCCGUGCAAAGCAAACCAAGCCUUCCCAUUUAAAUAGAACAUCUUUGCUCCCAUUGUACAUGUAUUUACAUUUCUUAAAUACUCUUGGGCCAAGUGAAGGCAUCUGUGACGGUGGCAGCAGGGAGUAUAUAUGCCGAAUGGUGCUAUCUCAACAGCUACCUGGCUUUGAGAAGGUAAGCAUGUUCUCUUCUAGUGCAAAAUGAAUUAUAGCAAUAAGGCAGACUUUGAUUGCAACACUAUGUUAAGCUUAGCAACAGAGUAGCUGGGCUUGUUUGGAAUAUGGUCCAGCUACAUUGGAACAGGAAAAUUGAGAUGCUAGCAGUUUUUUUCUGUAUGUGAAAUUGGUAGCUCUAAGCUUAAACAAUGAGAAUUCCCUACAUUCUCCUUUUGUACCCAAAUCCUAAAUUACCAUCCUAAGGAUCUGCCUGUAGUUUGAAUGUACUUGCUCUUUUGCUGAUAACCACUCCUUGUAUAACUUGUAUUUGAUUUAGCACGCACACUUUUCUUCCACUAUGCAUCAAAUGAAUGGGUUAUCAGCAUAGGCAGGCCGGCUUGGGCACUGCUGUAGUAUUGGACCUAGAAUAAACAUGCAACUGGAAAAGGGCAUGGAAGGAGCAGUUACUGGGGAAAGAGUGGACAAACCAAAUUAUUUUUUCAGUUACAGAUAUUUGAAAAAAUCCAUUUUAUUAAAAAAAUGUGUUCUAGUA